UCGAACCAAUAACGUAGCCAACACCUUUGCUUUUAAGUGAAAAUUGUGUGUAUGAUCUUGCCAGGCUGGAAGUGACUGACUGAGGCUUGCAACUAUACUGGCUGGCUGGCAGUGCAGUGUUGAUCGGUUGGUGGUGAAUGGUAUUGAUAGUUGCCCGGGAAACUGUGUUGUUUACGCAAAGGAAACAAAAGCACGGGACUCUUUUUGUGUUGUUGAUGGUGCUGAUGCUGAAGUGAUGUAAUAAGGGGAACACAUGUGAGGACAGGGAGCUCGAGCGCACAACUCACCACCUUCACCAUUAGUAUACCUUCAAGCUUCCCGGCCUGAUAUAAGAUCAUAUUCCCCUCCCUCGCCUUGAACUCGACAAUCACUUGACUUUUGCCAGAGAACUGAACUGAGCAUACUUAGCUUACGUACACCGAACAAAAUAAACAAUGGGUAUCGUCCACGUCGAACUCUUUGAGUUCAAACCCCUGGCGACACAGGAGGAAGUUCAGGAGGUCUGCGACAGAAUGAUGUCCCUCAAAGACCGCUGCACCCACCCGAAAACGCACAUGCCGUACCUCAAGACGGCGGUAGGGGGGGCGAAUGUUUGUCCUGAGGGAAAGCAGGGCCGCAUCUCCCACGUCUUCGUAAGCGAAUUCGACACGCCCGAAGACCGCAAGUUCUACUUGGAAGAAGACCCGGCGCGUCGGGAGUUUGUGGAGAGCAUUGAGGGGUUUGUGGAGGGGAGGCAGGUUGUUGAGUUUAGUCCGGGGGAGUUUUGAUCGUUUGGGUGUCGUGGUUGUCGUGGUAGUGAACAGCAACAGGGCGAAGAAUGAAAAGGCUGAAUGAGCAUGGUUGGCGAGGAAGGUUUUGAUGUUUUCGCUUGGUAGUGCUGGUAGGUAGUGGAUGAAGCUUCAAUAGCAAGGCGAAGAAGCGAACAAGGUUGAUGAAUGAAAAAUGGGUGAUGAUCAUCAGGAGUUCCGUCGAUGACCGAGGUGUCCUCGGUGCCCUGGAUGUUUUGGUUUUG